AUGUGGACUAUCAAUGACUUUCCGGCAUAUUCUAUGUUAUCAGGAUGGAGUACCAGUGGAAACUUAGCAUGCCCUUAUUGUAUGGAGGAAACACAAUCCUUCAGAUUACAAUAUGGUGUGAAAACAACUUGGUUUGACAAUCAUAGAAUGUUUCUUGACCAAAAUCAUCCAUUUAGAAGUGAUCGUAAGAACUUUCUUAAAGGUCAUAUUGUCACAAGAUUGCCACCACCUUUAAGAUCAGGACAAGAAAUUUUGAAUCAAAUAUGUGAGUUGGGGAUAAGGAAAGUAACUGAGUUAGAUGCAGAAGAAGUUAAUAAAAGAAUUUGUAAGUCUUGUGGAUGGAAAAAACGAAGCAUCUUUUGGGAUUUGCCUUAUUGGAGUUCUAAUAUGAUACGACAUAAUCUUGACGUCAUGCAUAUUGAGAAAAAUGUCUUUGAUAAUGUAUUUAACACAGUUCUUGAGGUGGAUGGCAAAACCAAAGACAAUCCAAAAGCACGUCUAGAUGUUGUAAAAUAUUGCAAUCGGCCACAUUUGGCAAGGAAUCCUGAUGGAAGUUAUCCUAAAGCUGCAUAUACAAUAAAUAAGGAUAAAAAAAGGGUCUUGUUUGAUUGGUUGGAAGGUGUGAAGUUUCCAGAUGGUUAUGUUUCGAAUAUGAGUCGAUGCCUUGACACAGAGAAAUUUAAGUUAUUUGGGAUGAAAAAUCAUGAUUGUCAUGUGUUCAUGCAACGACUAUUGCCAAUUGCCUUUCGUGAGUUACUUCCUAGUAAUGUGUGGCAGGCACUUACAGAGUUGAGUUUAUUUUUUAAAGAUCUUACUUCAACUACUCUUCGAGUGGUGGACUUGGAAAGAUUGGAGGUACACAUUCCACAAAUUUUGUGUAAGUUGGAACGCAUAUUUCCUCCUGGAUUCUUUAACUCAAUGGAACAUUUACCAGUGCACCUUCCACUUGAAGCACGAAUUGCUGGACCAGUACAAUAUAGAUGGAUGUAUCCUUUUGAGAGGUACCUCCGAACUCUUAAAAAUAUGAUUGGGAACAAAGCUAGUGUUGAAGGUUCCAUUUGUGAAGCAUACUUGAUGGCAGAGUCAACACAAUUGUUUUCUCAUUACUUUGAACCUCAUGUUAUGUCACGUCAUCAUAAUGUGACCCGUAAUGAUGACGGUGGUGCUAUGAAAGAUGUUGAAGGAAAUUUAUCAAUAUUCACCCAUCCAAGUAGACUAUCGGGUGAAGGAAAAAAAAGAGAUUUAUCCCUUGAAGAAAUUAAGGCCGCCCAAACUUAUAUUCUACUAAACUGUCAAGAGGUUGAGCCGUUUGUGAGCAUGUACGUACAACGUUUGCAAGAAGAAUUUCCGAAUCUACCUCAAGAUCAAAUAGAUGAGAGUCUUGAAUCAUAUUUUCCUAUAUGGUUCAAGGAAUAUGUUCGAUCCAACCAUAUUGAAAAUGAAUACUUGAGUAGUCUUGCUCAUGGACCAUUAAUAAGCGCAUGUGCUUAUCCAGUGUGUUUUGUCAAUGGAUACAAGUUUCAUACAAUACAUCGCGGUAGUGUAAGAUCAACAACGAACAGUGGAGUUUGUAUCUCAGAUCCAAAUGCUGGUGAUUACUAUGGUAGGAUACAAGAAAUUAUACAAUUGGAAUAUCGUAGAGCACCUUUAAAGCAAGCUAUAUUAUUCAAGUGUGAAUGGUUUGAUCCAACAAUGAAUGUUGGUGUUAAGGAGCACAAUCAGUAUAAAUUGGUCGAUGUUAAUCAUCGUCGCCGAUUUAAAAAAUAUGAACCUUUUAUUCUUGCAAUGCAAGCAACUCAAGUGUGUUAUAUGUCUUAUCCUAGCAGAAAGAGGGACAAGGAUGAUUGGUUAGCUGUAUUAAAAGUCAAACCUCGAGAUGUUAUUGAAUCACCUGAUGAGGGAGGGAUCACAGUAGUUGAAUCAAAUCUUCCAUUCCAAGUUGAAGAAGUUGAAGUCCAUGAGAUAGAUAUGAAUAUUAUUGUUGAUGAAGAUAUACCUCUGCAUGAUCCAAAUGGGGAGACAAUUGAAAUGGCUGAGCCAAUUAAUGAGGAUUUGUUGUUAGAUCACCAUGAAUUAGAAGAAGAAACUACAGAAGAUGAAGGUGAAACUGAAGAGGAGGAUGAUGAGGAGUUUGAAGAUGAAAUAGAUACAGACUAG